CGGUCUCCAUAGCGACGGCUGUCAACACAACUCGAGACCAGUAAGCGAAUCGAUCUUCAAACGACAUUCGCAGUCGCAGUUCAUGAUCGAUCGAGUUAUAGUUUAAUUUUUAAAACAUGCCGAUCGUCAAAGACGUCGUGAAGCCGCCGAUUCACGAGCAAAUCAGCGACCUACACAAGAAAAUCCAACUCCUAGACGGGGAGCGCAAGGCGUACUACGAGAGCUCUCAGAGCACCAUCAAGAAGAACCGAGAGACCAUCUCGCACAUCCGCCAGGAGAACAAGCAGCUGCACCGCAAGCUGGCCACCUCCAUCGCAGGAGAUGAGCAGGUCAUCAAUGAGGCGUUCCAGAACCACCAGGCGGAGAAGGCGGUCAUGAAGAACAAGACGGGCCAGGCAGCAGUGGAGAUGCUGGACCAGAGGGUGUGCGAGCGCAUUAAGCGUCUCAACGCGCUGCACCACGAGGCGGAGCGGCGCGAUCGCCGUCUCCAGGAACUGCAGGCUCAUCGCGACCUCCUGCAAGCCGAGAGCUCCCGCGAGGAGGCCACGCACUCUGGGAACUCCGAGGAGGCCAAGGACCUGCGCAUGCUGGAGAACCGCCUGGAGAAGGCGCGCAUGAAGUGCGCCGAGGCGGAGCGCGUGGCGGGCGUGUACUUACGCAUCCGCGGGCACCUGCAGCAGGAGCGCCUCAACUUCCCGACGGUCCUCGACGGCCUCGAGGCCCAGAUCCUGCAGCAGCGGCAGCAGUUGGAGCACCUGCAGGCCAUGGAGCAGGAGGCGCAGCUUGCGCGGGACACGGCCAAGUUGGAGCUGCAGCAGCAGGAGGAGUCGGUGGCAAAGGAGCGGCGCGAGCGCGAGCGGACGCUCUCCGAGUACAAGCGGCAGGUGGAAGAGCGCACCAGAAUGCUGUUCGAUCGCAAGCGAGCCCUCAUCCCGCAGGAGGAGCCGGCAUCAGAGACGCAGCGCGCGGCCACGGCUGCCGAGGAGCAGGAGCGCAAGAUCAGGUCCUACGAGGAGGCCUUCCAGCGCAUCAAGGAGGCGACCGGUGUGUCCGACACAAAGGAGGUGGUCAGCAGGUUCCAGUCGCAGGGCAAGACCCAGGAGGAUCUGGAAAUGAUGAAGAGCUCCAACAAGCGCGAGCUGGCUCGCCUCAAGGAGGAACAUGAAAAGCUCAAGCAGGAGUACACGCAGAUUAAAUACUCGGGCGAGGCCAAGCUGUCGAACGCCGAGCGCCUCCUGCAGGAGCUGGAGCAGCUCGCGCUGGAGGAGGAGAAAAAGCGCGACGUGGCCCGGGAGGAGUUGGAGCGCAGCACGCGUCUCAUGAACGGCGUGCGUGCCGGUGUCGAACACCUCUAUGAGAAGCUGCAGCACAUCCAGACGGAUGAGGAGCUGCCCGAGGCCGGUUCCUACGAUGGAGAUGAAGGGGUGGUGGCUAUGCUGGCCGUGGCCGAGCGCAAGUUGCUGGCUCUUAAGAAGGAGCUUGAGGGGCAAGAUCUGACUAAGCUCUUGCAGCAAAUGGGUGAUGAAGAGUUUUACACGAGAAUCGAAGGCAACCUUCCGGCGUACAACGUGCGGAUUAAACUGCCGUCAUCCAAGAAAAAGGCUGACAUGUUUGAGGAUGAAGAGUCGAGUGGCGAGGAUGCUACGGAGGUCCUGACCAGGGCCACACUCAAGCGACAGUCCCAGCAGAUCAUCGAAGCAAAGACGCGACGCCGCACGCAGGGCCGCAAGAAGAAGGGCAAGCAUUGAGGCCACGCCGCUGUGCUUGCCCACUUGACCGAUCAAUUGAUCGACCAAGUGGGCCCAAGGCUGCGAAUGCAGUGUUUCUGGCGAUGAUUUAUGGGAGCUGCUCUGUCGAUUACAUUUGGAUGGAAGCCCAGGCUGAGAUAUAGUCAUAUGUUUGCAAUAUUAAAGUUGAUUGUGAAACGUAGAAAUACAUGUUUUAGCAUAGCCUGCGAACGUUGUGCCUUUUUCUGCUGUGAAUUACAAUGUCAGUAAAACUUUGACAUAGAACAGUCAUGUUUUAAAAUGUAUAGUAUAUAAUAUAUAUGGUUUUUAGGUGCCUACACACACCUAAACACGCAUGCAGAAAUGCAUACAGAAACUCUCCUGUCAUAAAUAAAGAACCCCCAUAUGGCCAUU